AUUUCGCAAAAGCCUUUGACUCUGUUGACCAUGGUAUAAUCUUGGCGAAACUCAAGCAACUUGGUGUGUGUGGACGCAUUCUUGAAUGGUUCAAAGACUACUUAACUGACAGGACACAAAGAGUUGUCAUUGAUGAUGUUACCUCAAGUUGGUCUUCUUUUAGGUCCGGCGUGCCUCAAGGAAGCAUACUCGGCCCUCCGUUGUUCGUCUUAUUUAUAAACGAUUUACCGAACAUCAUUCCUUCCCGAAGACUCAGAUGCUGUCUUGUAUGCCGACGAUGCGAAGACUUUCCGAAAAAUAACCUUAACACACCUAACCCCAUGGAGCAACACCAAUAACAUCAAAUUCAACCAACUAAAUGCAAAGUGUUAACUGUGUCCCGCAAAAAGAAACCCACCACCUUUGCUUACCACCUUGGCUCAACCAACCUCCAUCACGUUCAAGAAGAAAAAGAUCUUGGGGGUAAUUAUGACUGGAAAACUGUUGGAAUUACUUCGAAGAACAUGCCGCCUCCUUACUGAUGUCAGAGUUCGUCGCACCCUGUAUCUAUCCCUCGUUAAAUCCCAGCUAUGCUAUGCCAACGAGGUUUAGGCUCCACACAUCCAUCUGGGAGCGACCAGAUGGAUGUUGAGACAACGUAAAGGCGAUUCCAGCUACAGUGAACGUUUGACAAAAUUGAAAUAAUUGCCGUUGUGUUAUGAUCGAGAGAUGAGAGAUCUGAUUUUUUUUCUACAAAGCCCAUUAUGGUAUAACCAAUCUUGAUGUCCACAACUAUGUUUCUUUUGUUCCUCACAACCGAACCCGUCACAGCAACAAUCCAAACCUCAUACUCAAGACUCCCUGCUGCAAUACAUCCACCUACCAGGCAUCAUACUUCAAUCGAAUUGUGAAAUUGUGCAACUGUGUUUGCAGUUCAGCUACACCAGAUACAGAGGCGCACAUUAGGGGGGGGGGGGGUGACGCUCCCCCCCCCCCAUGUUUUUCGAAAUGUAUCAAAAAAGUCGGUCCCGGAACCUGAAUGGGACAAAAAAAGUCGAUCCGGCUAAAAUCUAAAAGAUAUCAUUUUGUGUCGAAAAAAAGAAAUAAGCGGGCAUUUUGGAAAUGAAAAUUGCCUAAAAAAAACAAAAACGCAUAACAAACCAAGAGAUCGAUCAUAUUAUACUAGCAGCAAAUAAUCAACUUCCGCGUUGCAGCAGUUCAGCCAACGUAAUGCGAUCAGAUUACCUCAAGCCCCCUGUUGGAAAGUUGUUAGGUUUUCAAUAAUUAGUUGAUAGACAUUAUAUAUUAAGUAAUCGAAUUUGAACUUUUAAUUGUUGAACAUUUAUAUAUAGCAGGGCAUUGAGAAAUAUGCAGUAAUGAGAUCAAGAUAAAAUACGGAUGAUAUAAACGAAGAUACAAAUGGGAUAAUAACAAAAGCUAAAAUCAGCGAGUUAGAACGACAACGUAAAACAUUGGACGACAAAUUGCAAGAAGUGCAUGAUUUAAAGUUGCGUAUUCAAGAGGCAAAACUGAGAGAAGGCGUUAAACCAGAAGAGGUUCGCGCAUGGACAGACGAAACAAAAGCGAACGAUAUAGUACCUAUCGAGGAGGCGAUCUCUGAGUUAGAGACGGUAAUUACAACUACGAAAGGAAAAGAACUGCGUCGAAAGGAGAACUUGGCCGCUCAA